AUGGCCAAAUGUAGGGUUGUGGUGGCCGAUGAGAAGCAGUUUAGAGGCACAAUGUCGGCCACUCAGGGGAUGAACCGCAGUGGCGUCUACAACUACUUCCUCAACAUGGUGGCCUAUCAGAUAUGCUGUUGCUGUGGACCGGCUCCGUGCUCGCUCUGCUGUGCCUUCUGUCCGCCGGUCAAAUCCUCCACCAGCACGCGGGUCAUGUACACCCUCUUCCACAUCAUGAGCUGCGCCGUCUCCUGCCUCAUGCUGUCCCGCACCGUCUCUGAGCUCGUCAGGGAAAAUGUGCCUUUCUUCAACAUGGUGUGUGACCAGGCGCAUGGCGGAGGCCACUGUGAGAUGCUUGUGGGCUACUCGGCGGUGUACAGAGUCUGCUUUGGCACUUCCUGUUUCUACCUGAUGAUGGCGAUCUUCCUCAUAGACGUGAAAUCCAGUCAGGACUUCAGGGCGCUCAUACACAACGGUUUCUGGUUCCUGAAGUUCAUCACGCUGCUCGCGAUGUGCACUGCUGCCUUCUUAAUCCCAACAGAGUCCUUCCUGCAUGCAUGGCAUUAUGUUGGUGUGGUGGGAGGAUUUGCCUUCAUCCUCAUCCAACUCAUCCUCAUCACAGCUUUUGCACACACAUGGAACAAGAACUGGUUGACCGGAGCAGCAGAGAACAAGCGUUGGUAUCUGGCGGUGAUGUGCGCCACCCUCUUCUUCUACACUAUCGCUACCAUGGCCUUCACCUUCAUGUACAAGUACUACACACACCCCAUCGCCUGCCAGUUCAACAAGGCCCUGCUGUGGAUCAACCUGGGACUCUGUGGCCUCAUGUCCUUCAUUGCAGUCACGCCGUGCGUGAAGCAGAAGCAGCCUCGGUCGGGACUCCUUCAAGCCUCCAUCAUCAGCUGUUACGUCAUGUACCUCACUUUCUCUGCACUUUCCAGCCGUCCGCCAGAGAAAGUGGUGUAUCAGGGCAUGAACAUGACCGUCUGUUACCCCAGUGUGGGACAAGAUGGCAUCCAGAAUGAAGGCAAUGCUGUGGCCAUAAUUGGAGCUGCCAUCAUGUACUGCUGUGUCCUCUUUGCAUGUAAUGAAGCUUCCUACCUGGCAGAAGUGUUCGGCCCGUUUUGGAUGAUCAAAGUUUACCGCUAUGAGUUCCAGAAAGCCACCUGCUGCUUCUGCUGCCCCGAGGAAGAGGAAGCUGAGGAGGAGUUUGUGAUCGACGACGAGAACAAAGGCUGCCAGAAGGUUAUUCACAAUGAGACCCAGAGAGUGGCUUACAGCUACUUCUUCUUCCAUUUUGUCUUCUUCUUGGCCUCAUUGUAUGUCAUGAUGACCCUCACUAACUGGUUCAGCUAUGAGUCAGCAGUGUUGGAGACCACCUUCACCCACGGCAGCUGGUCUACCUUCUGGGUGAAGAUGUCGUCCUGCUGGGCCUGUGUGAUCCUCUACCUCUGGCUGCUGCUGGGCCCUCUGUGCAGCUGUCAGUCUGAAUCCAGACCUCGCCGUUCACGCAUCAAACGCCGCUCAGCGUCUUCCCGUCACGUCACUGUCAGCGUCUGAUACUCUCUGUGAGGGGCUGGGCAGG